AUGUGUGGGAGUAUGAGUGAUAUCAAAGUGAAAAUGGAUAGGAUUAUAAGUGGCCGCUAUCGCAGACGGGCUCAGCCAGUUAUCGGCAGAACUUUCAGGCGCGGCGAUUUGCCACUCUACAACAACGUCGCUACUCGAUACAGACAGCACUCUAAACACGCAAGGGGAAAAAUGGGACCAAAAGAAAAGAAACCGGCACGGAUUACAAUUGCAUGCAAUGCCUGUCGAUCAAGAAAGCAGAAAUGCAGCGGCCAAAAGCCCAUUUGCGGCCAAUGCCUGGAAAACAAUCGGCCGUGUAAAUGGCCUGAGCAGCUCCGAAGAGGCCCGGAGAAAGGCUAUGCAGAGGCGCUAGAGAAACGACUCCAAUUGACAGAGAGCAUACUGCUCAACCUUCUUCCACAUGUUUCUGACGAACAGCUCUCCUGGGCAAUACCGCACCGAGAAAGUGGCCAGGACCAUACCACCCCGUACGUGCCAUUUCCGAGACUGGAAAGGAAAGGAAUCGACACUUGGUCUCAGUUUCCCCUUGAUACUUCCCGGAGUGUUCGGCGGUGGCAGCAAGCUUGCGUCGAUGGGAGUGUGAGCUCGGAUGCCCCAAGUCCCAAGAAAAGACGCGUGCACGAGAGUCCUUCGAAAUACAGUGGCGAAUCCGUUCGAGUGUCGAACGAGACGCUGGAGAUUGAAGGCGCUUUUGUCGAAAGAUCUUAUUCAUCAGUGCCUGAUUCUACUAGCUCUAUUGAGGGGCACCCGACUCAAUCGCCCGGUGAUGCAAAUGAACAGAGUCCCGCAAUGCAGAAAAUGAGCACAUGGGAUGGAGCCCCGUCGUUGGAAUUUCAACGUCAGUUCCUCUGGUGA